AAAAACAACAGUCAUCUACUCUAACCCCGCCCUCAUGCAGGCAAGGGUGAGACUUUCAGCAGCCUUCUUUAUAGAAUACUCUAUUAUAUUCCACUUUGACGCUGAAAUUACCUACCUACUGUAGUCAUCAGUAAUAGAUGACAGCACAAUGCAAUGCUAUGUUUAGAGAAUAAGGCUACAUACUGGCUACCUGAGUACCUACAACAAGAUGACUCCUCCAGCACUCGACGCGUACCAGAUCGGCUGGAUAUGUGCGUUACCAAUUGAAGUUGCGGCAGCGAAGGAGAUGUUCGAUGAGAGUUUCGGGACUCUCGAUGAGCAGCCAAAGGCAGAUACGAACUCGUAUGCCUUGGGUCGAGUCGGCAGGCACUAUGUUGUGAUUGCUAGCCUCCCAGACGGACAAUAUGGCACGACGUCAGCCGCAGCUGUCGCGAUCAAUAUGAUGCGCACAUUUUCUCGUUCGGUGCGCAUUGGCUUAAUGGUUGGCAUUGCAGGAGGCAUCCCCUCCUCCGACCAUGAUAUACGCCUCGGGGACAUCGUUGUUAGCCGCCCAGAAGGAACCUGCGGCGGAGUUAUUCAAUAUGAUAUGGGAAAAGUAGUACAAGAUGGCAAAUUCCAGCGGACUGGCUCGUUAAAUAGCCCACCUCGUUCUAUAUUGGCUGCAGUCGGGCAAAUGAGAGCUGCCGCAUUAGCUGAUGACCCGAGCUAUCCAGAAUAUAUUCAAAAAGCAACUCAAAGAAACGCACGUACACGGCAAACCUUUGGCAAACCCGAUAUAUCCACUGAUCAACUUUUCAAAAUCGACCAUGAUCAUCCUGCGAUGGCGGUAACAUGCGACCAAUGCCCAUCCGAGUGGGCAGAAGCCAGAGAGGCUCGUCAGGAAUCCGAACCACAAGUAUUCUAUGGGAUUAUUGCAUCAGGGAAUGAAGUCAUCAAACAUGGAGCUACUAGGGAAAGGCUUCGUAAGGAGACAGGCGCCCUCUGUUUCGAAAUGGAGGCUGCUGGUCUGAUGAUGGACUUCCCUUGUGUAGUAGUCCGCGGAAUAUGUGACUACGCUGAUUCACAUAAAACCAAACGGUGGCAAGGAUAUGCCGCUCUUGCGGCUGCAUCCUAUGCCAAAGAAUUACUUGGCUAUAUCCCUACGGGCCAGGUAUCUCAAGAAAUAUUAGUGACAGAGUUAUGCGCGUCGCUUCUUGAUGGAUUUCAAGAGGCCAAUAAGAACUUGGAAAAAGCUUUCAACCAGCGAGAACGUCAACAUCAGGAGAAGAUUACAUUGGCAUUGACAAAAGAGCAGCAGGCGUGCCACCAAGCGUUCAAGACUUCAACAUACGAGGAAUAUAAAAACAUCAACCGAGACCGCGCUGACGGGACAUGUCGAUGGAUACUUGAUAACGACCAAUAUCUUGCCUGGCAAAAAAGUAAUCAUAACGACCUUCUAUGGAUAUCCGCUGAUCCAGGAUGUGGAAAGUCGGUUCUCGCGAAGUCAUUGAUUGAUAAAGAUUUAAAGACAUCGGCGUCGCUCAAAGUCUGCUACUUCUUCUUCAAGGAUAACAACAAACAGCACAAACUAACAACGGCACUGUGUGCGGUGCUUCAUCAAUUAUUUAGCCAACAACCAAACCUCUUAAGUCAUGCAUUACCUUCGUGGGAACAAAACAAAGAAAAGAUCCAGCAAGAGAGCGAGGAACUUUGGCGUAUUCUAAUCGCCUGCACGUCAGACCCUACUUUCACCAGCGCCGUCUGCAUUUUCGACGCACUGGAUGAAUGUCGAGUAGCUGAUCAAGUUUCCCUAAUAAAGAAGCUGGAGGCAUUCUAUGUGGAAGGCCAUUCAUUAGCAAGACAAAAUCCACUCAAGUUCCUUGUUACUAGCCGGCCAUACAAUGAUAUACAGCGACACUUCCAUCAAGCGACAGAAUUAUUCCCAUGUAUUCACAUCAGUGGGGAGGAUAAGAAUGCUCAGGUUCAUGAUGAAAUUAGUCUGGUCGUUAAGUUGCGAGUAACUGAGCUAGGCAAGAGUCUACAACUAAGCUCGGAUAUUCAGAAUCGACUAGAAGCGCAGCUACUCUCGAUGGAACACCGCACAUACCUCUGGCUUCAUCUGGCUAUAGACGAUAUUGAGACCCGAUUUCAAAAUAGCCUUGAACCCGAAGAAGAAUCUAUAGACUUGAUUCCGAGCUCGGUUGAUGCUGCAUAUAAAGAGAUAUUGAAUCGCGUGCCAUCAGAUAAGAAAGCAGAUGUUCAAAAAAUUCUUAGAAUUAUCAUCGGAGCGCGGCGCCCAUUAACGAUUAACGAAAUGGCCAUUGCCCUAGGCAUUGCUAGAGGAACAACCUCAGAGACUAGAAAAAAGCCUUGGUUGAAGAAAGAGGGCUUGGCAGCGAAGAUCCGCCACUUGUGUGGACUUUUUGUUUUCAUUCAAGACUCGAGAAUCUAUCUGAUCCAUCAAACUGCCAAAGAAUUUUUGCUUCGCGAAGGAGAUAUAUGGUCACUUGGUCGAAGCGAGACGGAGACUUUAUUAUCCGAGAUCUGCAUCAGUUACUUACUGUCUGAAGACACGAAUGGCAACAUGAAUGAGGAGGAUAGCGAUAUCCAAGGCUUCCUGCAGUACGCAGCAGUCUACUGGCCAGAUCAUGUAAGAGAGAUGCCAUUGGAAGCAGAACUACUGCGUCAGAAGCGUAUUGACCAACUAUAUGACACAACUAGUCAACGCUUUAUGCUAUGGUACAAGGUCUUUUGGAACAAAACAAUGAAAUAUCAUUAUAGAAGGGUUAUGAACAAUAUCCGAAUGGCGGCCUUUAAUGGGCAUAGCCAGGUGGUCCAAAGGUUUAUACAACGCAAUAGACCGGCCAUCAAUAAUUCAGAUAAAGACGGAGCCACUGCUUUGCACUGGGCUUCUGAACGAGGUCAUUACGAGACAGUUCAAGUACUACUUGAAAAUGGAGCCGAUGUAAAUGCGCGGGGCGGCAACUACAAAUAUUCUCUGAUAGCUGCGUCAUCACAAGGCAGUCUCGAGAUAGUUCGCCUACUACUCGAGUAUGGAGCGGAGGUGGAUGCUCAAGACGACAACAAUGCUCUCGAGGCUGCGUCAUCGCGAGGCUAUUUCGAGGUAGCUCGACUACUACUACAAAAUGGAGCUGAUGCAAAGGCGCAAAGUACUAGUUAUGGCAAUAUUCUACAAUAUGCAUCAUUCCACGGCAGUGUUGAUAUAGUUCAAUUAUUGCUCGAGUAUGGCGCAGAUGUAAAUAUUCAAGGGGGUCACUACGGAAAUGCUCUAGAAGCUGCAUCAUCACAAGGAAAUCUCGAGAUAGUUCGACUACUACUUCAAAAGGGAGCCGAUGUAAAUGCACCAGGUGGCAUUUAUAGCAAUACUCUACAGGCUGGAUUAUUAACAAAUAACCUCGAUAUAGUUCGAUUAUUAGUCGAGUAUGGAGCGGAUGUAAAUGCCCCGUGCGGCUACUAUGGCAAUAUUCUACAAGUUGCAUCAUCAAAAGGCAAUCGAGAUAUAGUUCGAUUAUUACUCGAGUAUGGAGCGGACAUAAAUGUAUUUGGCAGUGAUGAUUGUAAUGCCGUACAAGUUGCAUUACUAGAAGGUAAUAUUGAUGUAGUUCAUCUACUACUCGAGCACGGGGCAGAUGUACAUGCACAGGGCGGCAUUUAUGGUAAUAUUCUGCAAGUUGCCUCAUUUAAAGGUAAUAUUGAUAUAGUUCAACUACUAAUCGAGCGUGGAGUCGAUGUAAAUGCACAGGGCGGUCGCUACGAAACUGCUUUGCAAGCUGCAAUACUAUAUGAUCAUCUCGAUAUAGUUCAGCUUCUGCUCGAGAAUGGAGCAGUUGAUAGAAAAGAAGUUUAAAUAUUAUCGUAUUAAAUUCUUUUCGUUCAGUCUAAUAUAUUUGGAACCCU